GUGCUGUAUAUUUUGAGUGCUGUGUCACGUGACAAGCUGGUUCAUGAAUAGAACAGUAUAAUGAUUUCUUAGUAAGAGAGAGAGACAGAGAGAGAGCGACAGAGAGAGAGGGCGAGCGAGAGGCUGCCACACUCACACAUAUUCACACUGGGUUGUUUUUUGGGAAUCGUCCUGCCUGCGUCUCACCCCCUUUCCAGCGCGGGACGGGGGUGUAGUGGAGCCCCCUGCUACUACGAGGGAAGGAUAUCAACAGACUCCACACAGCCUCAUCACAGCCUCAUAUCGUGGAAAAUUACAGACAACGGAGAGACAGACAGACAGACAGCAAAAUCAACAACGAACUGCAACUAAAAAAACAAACAAUACGAAACAAAACCACACACACCCACGCACGCACACAAACUUAAAAACACACACACCUUGGUGCCUUCUUACCUCAGGUCCGUCUGUCCAUCCGCUUGCCAUGGCUACUAACCGGGAGCGCCUGUGUGCGUCGGCUGGCCAGGUGGGUCACAUGACCAGCUUCCCCCCUGCGGUCUACCCAUUCGCCUUCAACUCAAUCCGGAGCCACUCCCCCUUCGACCUGCUGGCCAAUGGGAGCUUCUUUGGCAGAUUUGGGGCGGACCUCCAGAAAGAAAUGGCGGCAUUGUCUGUGGAGACCCAGAGCAGCAGCUCAGAGGAGAUGAUCCCCAGCUCCCCCUCCCCUCCACCCCCUCCGAGGAUCUACAAGCCCUGCUUCGUGUGCCAAGACAAGUCCUCGGGGUACCACUACGGAGUGAGCUCCUGUGAGGGGUGCAAGGGUUUUUUCCGACGCAGUAUUCAGAAGAACAUGGUGUACACGUGUCACCGGGAUAAGAGCUGCCAGAUCAACAAGGUGACCCGUAAUCGCUGCCAGUACUGCCGGCUGCAGAAGUGCUUCGAGGUGGGCAUGUCCAAGGAGGCCGUGAGGAACGAUCGCAACAAGAAGAAGAAGGAGGUGAAGGAGGAGCCUGCCCUGCCUGAGAGCUAUGAGAUGACCUCCGAGCUGGAGGAGCUGGUGCACAAAGUCAGCAAAGCCCAUCAGGAGACCUUCCCCUCGCUGGGGCAGCUGGGCAAGUACACCACUAACUCCAGCUCUGAUCAUCGGGUGCAGCUGGAUCUCGGUUUGUGGGACAAGUUUAGCGAGCUCUCCACCAAGUGCAUCAUCAAGAUCGUGGAGUUCGCAAAGAAACUGCCUGGCUUCACCAACCUGACCAUCGCCGACCAGAUCACUCUGCUGAAAGCAGCCUGCCUGGACAUCCUGAUGCUGCGGAUCUGCACACGCUACACCCCCGAUCAGGACACCAUGACGUUUUCGGACGGGCUGACUCUGAACCGCACGCAGAUGCACAAUGCCGGCUUCGGCCCGCUCACCGACCUCGUCUUCGCCUUCGCGGGACAGUUGCUGCCGCUCGAGAUGGACGACACGGAGACCGGGCUGCUCAGCGCAAUCUGCCUGGUCUGUGGAGACCGCAUGGAUCUGGAGGAGCCCCACAAGGUGGACACUCUGCAGGAGCCGCUGCUUGAGGCACUGAAGCUGUACGCUCGCCGCCGUCGCCCCGACAAACCACACAUGUUCCCCCGCAUGCUGAUGAAGAUCACCGACCUGAGAGGCAUGAGCACCAAGGGCGCGGAGCGAGCCCUCACUCUGAAGAUGGAGAUCCCUGGCCCCAUGCCGCCCCUCAUCAGAGAGAUGCUGGAGAACCCCGAGGCUUUCGAGGAGAAGGAGAGGGAGAAGGAGAAGGAGAGGAAGGAGCGCAGAGAGAAGAGAGAGAGGGAGGAGAAGGAGAAAACCAGCAGGGAGGGGGAGGCCCAGGCAGGGGGCGGGGGAGAGGGGACGGAGAGAGGGGAGAAAGAGAAAGAGGAGGAGGAGAGAGGGGACAACGCAGACAGAGAGACCCGGAAACCAGUGAGGGAGAACACAAAGGAGAAAACCAGAGCCACACAUGCAGAGUAACGGGAAAGUACAGACUGAACUUCAGAACAGCGCGGCGUGGAGAAACACAGG